AAACUCUCAGUUAGUGGCUGCAGCUAAUACUGAAGCAACAUUAAAAAUGGGCAAGGCAAAGGAUAAGGGAAUUUACAUACUAGCAGAAUCAGCUAGAUCAGAAGCAUUAAAAGCUCUAAUAGUUCCCUUUGAUAUCCUGUACUCCAUCAUUGCAAUUGGUAAAAUGCGAGAUGGAAGAAAUUUUAGUACAAAAGAUCAAGAUAUAACAUUAGGUUGCUUAGUAGGAGCAUAUGGAUUAGUUAGCCUUGCUUUUUGUGCAAUCAAUGCCUUAGGAUACUUCCGUAAAGCUCGUAAAAAUGAUAAUUGUUCGACACAAUGUAAAAAAAUAGUUAUUUUCAUAUUAGACCUUGCUGUCGUGAUAUUUACUAAUGGCGUAUACUUAUGGGGAGAUAGCAGGGCAGAGGUCAGUACUGACAGUAUAGCGGAGGUAAGAGAUCUUACAGCACAAUCCCUUCUUUUCCUCAUUCCUGCAAUACUAUCCUUUCACGUUUGGGAGCCAUUAAAAACAUUGUUUGCAAUCAUUUUUAAAGGUUGUGAAAACAAUUGUAAAUGUUGUGAAAAGAAAGAUGAUUCAGAAGAAGAUAGCAAUGAUGAUUUGGAAAAAGAGUUAAACUUAAAUUAUCAGAAAGCAAUUCUCUAUGCAACAAUGAUGACACUGAGUACUGUCCCAGAGACUGAUGCUACAUAUACUACACUAGCCAAUCUGGUUAGACUCACAAAAGAUAAUUGUCGUCCAAGGAAAUACAACAUCCUUUGGGGAAUGUAUGGAGCAAUUAUAUUCAGUAUUAUAGUGAAAUGUAUAAGUGUAUUUUUAAAGGCAUUGAGUAAAUUUCCUAACAAAAAUAAAACUGAUUGGAAAUCAAAUCGAUGUCUCAUUGGUUGGAUUGCUUAUGCUGUUGUUACAUCAGUGUUUGCAGUUAUAAGCACUGGGUUCUUCUUUGUCGUUGAUAAUGAGCUACCAUUAGAUUGCUCACCACACUUCCGCUUGAAUAGCACGUACAGGAGACUUGAAACAAAAAACUACAACUUCAGACUAGGGUUUUUAGUAACUUCUUGGGUACUUUCAGUUGCAAUAUUAGUCAUUGGAGGAAUAUGUUGGGGAAAUUUUCUCUGUCUAUAUUGCAAAAAAUCAAUAAAAAAAGCUGAAGAAAAAAGCAAUCCAGUUUAAACCUGAACCUAUUUGAACAUUAAUACUACUUUUACAUGCCCAUGAAUUAAGUGUAAAAACUAUUUUUAAACAGUUUGGUAGCUACAUUUAGUUAAUUAUUUUCGUUUUGUGUUGAAUAAAAUUAACUUAGAAUAUGUAAUUAUUAUCUCAGCUUUGAGCUAAUCUCCUUUGCUUCCAACUGAUCUAAUACAACA